GGCGGUUAUCACAACAGCCACACAGUGCCCGCGAUGAUCUAACCUGUGGGAAGAUGGCGUUCUUCAAGAGCUUUCAGCAGAACCUCCCGUCCGUCAACAUCUCCUCCAUCUUGGACUCGGUGAGCAGCCGAGUGGACGACCUGGCCAACGCCGUCAGCGACGUCACGUACGCCGUCAGCGACCAGCUGACCGAGCAGGUCAACACCAUCAUCAACAAGGUGCAGGAGGAGGAAGACAGCGAGCAGGAGGCGGCGCCGACGUCCGGAGCGCCGGAGGGUAAAAGCGUGUGGCCUUUGAGCAGGGAGUCAGAAACAAGUUCCAGUACCAAAAACAACCAAAGCGCCGAUGCGGCGGAGGCGGAGAACACGGCCAGUCAACUGGAGUGGGAAUGGAGGGAUGGGUGCUGGCGGGUGAAGAAGACGGAAGCCGAGUUAGUGGAGGAGGAGAAGAAGAAGAAGGAGGAGAAGGAGCUGCAAGAGAAGCGAGAGCAGAGGAGGAAAGAGAGGAGAGAGAAGCGUUUGCAGACGGCCGCCAUGUUUCAGAAGAACAAUUUCCAGGAUGAAGAGGCCGCAGACGGCGGGUUGGAAGAAGAGGAAAAGGAGGAGAGUCGCGGCGAAGAAACGACUCGUGACGACUGUGAGGAACCUGAAAAUGAAACAUCGCAGCUUGGGAACGACAGAAUGUCCCAACAGAAGGAGAAGGACGAACAGGAGGAGAAGUGCAGCCUGGAGGGUGAAGGUGAUGACGAGGAGGUGGACGAAGCCUCUGGAGCUCAAGUGAAGAAAAAGAAGAAGAAGGAAAAGAAGAAGAAGAAGGAGAAAAGGAAGAAGAGCAAGAAGAAGGAGAAAAUCAAACAAGAGGUGCUGCUAACAGACAGUGAGGAGGACCAAGACGCUGCAGUCCAGUCCAACGUGAGUCCCGUAGUGCUGCAGGAAGGACACAGCAGCGAGGCCUCGAGCCAACACGCCGGCAGCAUACAGAGGGUAAAGAAAGCCCCACCGCUCAUGGAGGGACAACCGCCGCCGUACCGGGACCGGGACCGGGACCGGGGAAGGGUGGCACGCGUGUCCUCCUCUCGCUCGACACGAGAGGCAAGGAGGGGGUCGUCGCCUCAGCGCUGCUCCAGCGAGGCCGUGAGUGUGGACCAGGACACGGAGAGCUACCUCAACAAAGGCUGCGAGGAGGACAUACCCAGUGACAGCACUGCUGUGGUGGGCACAGAGGACAGUUGCGGCCCUCAGCUCCUCUCAGCCUACGAGCCGGAGCCACUAGCCAAGUACGGCACGCUGGACGUCGCCUUCGAGUACGACUCCACCGAGCAGUGGUUGGCCGUGACGGUCACCGCGGCGACGGACAUCCCCGCUCUCAAGCAGACGGGCAACAUCUCGUGGCAGGUCCACCUGGUCCUGCUGCCCACCAAGAAGCAGCGGGCCAAGACGGGCGUCCAAAAGGGACCGUGUCCCGUCUUCACGGAGACCUUCAAGUUCUCCAGAGUGGAACAAGAGGCCUUGGGCGACUGUGCUGUACGAUUCCGCCUGUACAGCAUCAGGCGCAUGAAGAAGGAGAAGAUCCUGGGCGAGAAGGUCUUCCACCUGACUAAACUCAACCUGCAGGGGAAGAUGGCUCUUCCAGUCACCCUGGAGCCUGGCUCCGAACUUACAGGCUGUGGUUCGGUGGUGAGCGUGUCCCGCAGUGCAGGAGCCGUGUCCUACAGGUCUACAGAGGACUCGUCCUCGCCGGAGAUCCUCCUGGGCCUCGUUUACAACUCUGCCACAGGAAGUUUAUCUGCCGAGGUCAUCCAGGGCAGCCACUUUAAAACCACCUCGUCCGAUAAACCCGUCAAUGGUCUUUUUUGUUGUGUAAAACAUUUCGUUGGGGGACAACUGUAUAUCAUGAGAGACACUUACGUCACGCUGAGCAUGCUGGACUCCAAGGGGAAGGAGAUGUCCAAGUGCAAGACGGCGGUGUGCAGAGGCCAGCCCUGCCCCACCUACAAGGAGACCUUCGUCUUCCAGGUGGCGCUCUUCCAGCUCUCCGAGGUGUCGCUGGUGUUGUCGGUGUUCUGCCGCCGCAGCAGCAUGAGGCCCAGGGAGCGUGUGGGCUGGGUCUCCUUGGGACUCAACAGCACCGGCGAGGAGCAGCUGGCCCACUGGACGGAGAUGAAGGAGGCCGAGGGGCAACAGGUGUGUCACUGGCACACGCUUACUGACACAUAGCGGGGACCAAAAGCAUCCCAGACUUGGAUGUGAUGUGCACUCACUGACCUUGGAGGCGGAAGCAUCCUUUUCCUGAAGGCAACAAUUUUUUUUACGAACCAGAAAGUGAACAGCGAUGUUAAAAUAGCAGGGUGAAAAAAAACAACAACACCACAUGGGGAUGGCAGCAUCAUGCCAGAUGGGACAGGAAUGAUUCAGUCAAGGUAGAACAGUUCUAAACAGUCAGUGCCGGUCCAAAACCCUCAGAGAUCUCCUGAAAUUGAACAUGACAGAACAUACAAUUCUGGAAUGAACCAGCCAGAGCCCAGACCUAAAUCCUAUUGAAAAUACAUAGGAGAGAGAGCCUUUAUGUCAAAUGUGCUAUGCUGUUGAAAAGUACUUCAACCAAGCAUCAUAUUGGCUUUAGAUUACAUUUUUUAACCAAAAAUAUAAAAACACCCCAAAAGGCUAACUAACAGUUGUUUAAGAGAACACAUUUCCCUACUUAUAUAUCUCAUAUACAUUUGAAAUUAAACGUCCUAAAGGUACCUUUUUCUACAAUACUAAGGUUUUGAAAUAUUCGCUAGCUGACACUUUGCGAGCUAAUUGCUAGCUGACAGUUGGCGCGCCAAAGGCUAGCGGACAACUUAUGUGCCAAUGGCUAGCUGACAACUUGUGUGCUAAUCCCUAGCAGAAAAAUAGCAUGCUAAUUGCUGACAACUAGAGUGCAAUUUGCUAACUGGCAGCUUUCACUGCUAAACGCUAGCUGGCAUCUUGCACCGCUAGCCACUAUCUAACAAUUAGCGCACCAAUUGCUAUCUGACAACUGGUGCGCUAAUCGCUAACAGGCAAAUAGAGCGCUGAUAGCUAAAAACUAGAGCGCAAAUUGCUCGCUGGCAGCUUUCACCGUUAGCCACUAUCUAACAAUUAGCGCACCAAUCGCCAGCUGACAAGUGGUGCGGCAAUUGCUCGCUGAUAACGGGUGUGCUAAUCGCAAGGUGACAACUUGUGCGCUAAAUGCAAGAUGACAACUGGUGCUCUAAUUGCUAGUUGGCAGCUACGCUGCUAAUCUGCAGAUGACAACUGAUGCAAUAAUCGCUAACUGGCAACUGAUGCGCCAAUUGCUAUCUGACAACUGGUGCGCUAGUCCCUAACAGGCAAAUAGAGCGCCGAUAACUAAAAACUAGAGCGCAAAUUGCUCGCUGACAGCUUUUACCGCUAUACACUAGCUGACAACUGGUGUGCCAAUCGCAAGCUGACAACUGGAGUGCAAAGUACUAGCUGGCAACUUGCACCACUAACUGCUAGCUAACAAUUAGCACACCAGUUGCAAACUGACAACUGGUGCACCAAUCGCUAGCUGAAAACUGGUGCGCUAAUUGCUAGUUGGCAGCUAUGCCGCUAAUCUCAAGAAGAUAAAUGGUGCGCUAAUCACUAGCUUGCAACUGAUGCACCAAUUGCUAGCUGACAACUAGUGUGCUAAUACACUCAGUGUCCGCCCUGAGAUUGGUAGGUUGUGAGUUCAAAUCCCGGCCGAGUCAUACCAAAGACUAUAAAAAUGGGACCCAUUACCUCCCUGUUUGGCACUCAGCAUCAAGGGUUGGAAUUGGGGGUUAAAUCACCAAAAUGAUUCCCGGGCGUGGCCACUGCUGCUGCUCCCCUCACCUCCCAGGGGGUGAACAAGGGGAUGGGUCAAAUGCAGAGGACACAUUUCACCACACCUAGUGUGUGUGUGUGACUAUCGUUGGUCAAUAGCUUACAACUAGAGCACCAUAGUGCUAGCUGGCAGCGUUCAUCGCUAAACGCUAGCUGGAAAUUAGCGCACCAAUCGCUAACUAACAACUGAUGCACCAAUCUCUAGCUAAAAACCAGAGCGCAAAUUGCUAGCUGAGAACCGGUGUGCUAACCGCAGGCAGGCAAACUAAAGCACAAAUUGCUAAUUAUUUUAAAUGCUAACAUGAGUAGAAUAAUAUAAUUCUAUAGUCAUGUUUUUAUUUUUAAACUGCAAGGUACAUUAAGUGGGGUGUCGAUGUCACUGCCAUUUGUAAACUACACUACAGUGUGUUGGAUCCAUAUUAAGUGUAUUUAAGGACAUUUACAUUGUGGAAAAAUUGCAAGAAUAUAAAAAAAAACUAUUUUUUAGUCUAAUCGACCAAAAAUUUCCAUAGACCCCCAUUUGAAGAUCUGUGUUGUAAUAUAAACGGCAUAAUAUUCAAUAGUAUAUAAUGAAAUCCAUACAUUAAAUAUAUGGUAUAGUUUUGUUUAUAUUUUACUUACCAGUAUAGGAGUAUGAUAAAAUUAAGAAAAUAGAUUUUCCAAUUGUUUUACCGCUUUAAGAAUUAAAAACACUCAUACCGAAUCUAAAAUAAACAGAUGUUAUGCAAAAUGCCGUAUUGUAUCGACCAUAUAUAAAACUGCCUUUUUUCACCCAUUUUGUUUAAAGAAAUAAAAUAAAGAUUUUUAGAUUUUUUUUUUUGUGUUUUUAGUUGUAAUCUUUCAAAUUAACAUAGCUACCUACCAAGUUUUUUCAGUGUUUUCCAAACGAGGAAAAAAAUAUCAUUUUAUAUGCAGCGUCUACACCAGUGGCCCCCAAACUACGGCCCGCGGGCCAGAUACAGCCCGCCAGCAUCAAAAAUCCGGCCCGCGGGUAGUCCCGAGUAAAAUAAUUUACUUUUUAAAAAAAAAUUAUUAAUAUGUUUUUAAUCAGUCCUUUCUAGCCAAUCCAUCAAUCAAUUUCAAAUCAUAUUGUCUAAGAAUGCAUUUUCCCAUCGCGCGACAAGUGUGCGCUUUUUCAGUCAAUUAGUGCAUGAGGCAAAAAAAAUUACGAAUUCAGUGGGAAAACGUAAAAUAGACUCUGAGUGUAAAGUUUUUAAACAUCAGUGGACAUAUGACUUUUUUUUUGUUCAGUGUAGGGCAGGGGUCGGCAACCUUUACCACUCAAAGAGCCAUUUUGGCAAGUUUCACACAUUAAAGAAA